CAAAGGCGCAACCUAAUGACGCAAUGCAGGGCUUUUAAAAAUGGAGACGUCUGACAUGGCCGGGUUUGAGGCUUCCUGUCAUGAAGGUCUGUGUCCGGGAUGGAGCUUCAUUCUGAAGGGUGAAACCCAGGCAGAAGCCAAAAAGUUUGAGAUCAAUUUCCUCUGUGACCGGGAUGACAGAAUAGCCUUCCAUUUCAACCCUCUUUUCACUGAGUCAGAUAUCAUCUGCAACUCCUUCAUUGCAAACCACUGGGGAAAGGAGGAGAGAUGCAGUAACUUUCCCUUCGGGACAGAGGAGCCUUUCCAGAUUGAAAUUUGCUCUGAUAAUGAACACUUUCACGUUUACAUUGACGACACCAAGAUCAUGCAGUAUAAACACCGCGUGGAAGACCUGAAGACCAUCACUAAAGUACAAGUGGUGAACGACGUCAACAUCUCCUCUUUAGAGAUCGCCAAAAAACAUCAUUACUGA